AUGUCCGACGGCGAUUACGUGCUCCGUGUUGACCAACUCGGCGACAUAGUCUUCCUGUCCGAGGAUGACGAUCGAAUCCCCGGUUGCUGGCGACGGGAACAGGCAAAGAAAGGCAACAACGCUAUGGACUUGAAGACGAGAGGAAACGCCUGCUUCCCCGCGUCAAAAUUCCGGGUCGCCAUCGAAUCUUAUCUCAGGACCAAGCAAUUCGAUGCUGCGCUUGCCGACGCCGAGUCCGCAACGAGCACCCCCAUGCCGUCCGAGAAAGCCUUCUUCCGCAAAGCCCAGGCCCUAAGUUCGAUCAUGCGGCUGCCGCGGGCGCGGGCUCUUCACGACCAAGGUGAUCAAGACGGGUAUUCUUUUUUGUGCGAAGGGGCAUUCGCCCACGCAUUUGUCGACGGCGAGCGGAGUGGCGGAGGUGGCAGUAAUAUGACCAUCCGGAUCGACCCGGAAGCCGAAACGGCUGUUAAGCUGGCGCUGGGGCGGCUGGCGCCGCUUGAAUAUGAGAUUGAGGACGGGGCUGUGCCGGGUGCGAGCGCCGCGACUGUGGUUGUCCGGAAAUGGGGAUCGUUCGUGGACAGUGUUGUUGACUGUUGGAUGUUGCUGCGCGAUGCGUAUCGGUUGGUGGCGCCUGACCUCGCGGCUCCGGCGGAAAGGUACGCGAGGAUUGCGUACAGGACUUGCUUUGGCGAGGACGACACGUUUGAUGUGACGUACGAUAACCCGAAUUGA